CAUUUCCCAGACGGCGCCUCACACCGCAGUGUUUUCUGGGAUGGGAACCACGCCGCCUGCGAGCCUCGGUGCUACGAGCGAAGCGCGGACCUUUCAACAAGAGCUUUAUUAAUUUUCACGCUGCGACCUAGGAAGGCUAUGGAGGUGGCUGCUAAUUGCUCUCUGCGCGUGAAGAGACCUCUGUUGGAUCCCCGCUUCGAGGGUUACAAGCUCUCCCUCGAGCCGCUGCCCUGUUACCAGCUGGAGCUUGACGCAGCUGUGGCAGAAGUAAAACUUCGAGAUGAUCAAUAUACACUGGAACACAUGCAUGCUUUUGGAAUGUAUAAUUACCUACACAGUGAUUCAUGGUAUCAAGACAGCGUCUACUACAUUGAUAACCUUGGAAGAGUUAUGAAUUUAACAGUGAUGCUGGAUACUGCUUUAGGAAAACCACGAGAGGUGUUUCGACUUCCCACAGAUUUGACAACAUACGACAAUCGCCUUUGUGCAUCUAUCCAUUUCACAUCUUCUACCUGGGUUACCUUGUCAGAUGGAACUGGACGAUUGUAUCUCAUUGGUACAGGUGAACGUGGAAAUAGUGCUUCUGAGAAAUGGGAGAUUAUGUUUAAUGAAGAGCUUGGGAAUCCUUUUAUCAUAAUUCACAGUAUCUCAUUGAUGAACGCUGAAGAACAUUCAAUAACUACCUUACUUCUUCGAAUAGAGAAAGAAGAAUUGGAUAUGAAAGGAAGUGGAUUCUACGUUUCUUUGGAGUGGGUCACUAUCAGUAAGAAAAAUAAAGACAAUAAAAAAUAUGAAAUCAUUAAGUGUGAUACUCUCCGUGGAAAGUCAGUGCCGCAUUAUGCCGCUAUUGAGCCUGAUGGGAAAGGUCUGAUGAUUGUCUCCUACAAGUCCUUCACAUUUGUACAUGUUGGUCAAGAUCUUGAAGAAAAUAAGAAUGACAACUUGUCUGAGAAAAUCAAAGAACCUCUGUAUUACUGGCAACAGACUGAGGAUGAUUUGACAGUAACAAUACAACUUCCAGAAGGCAGUUCUAAGGAGGACAUUCAAGUACAGUUUUUGCCUGAUCACAUCAACAUUGUGCUGAAGGGUCAGAGGUUUUUGGAAGGAAAUCUCUAUUCAUCUAUUGAUCAAGACAGCAGUACAUGGAUGAUUAAAGAUAAUAGCUUGGAGAUUUUCUUGAUUAAAAAGAAUGAAGGACUAACAUGGCCAGAGCUAGUGGUUGGUGAUAAACAAGGAGAGUUUAUAAGAGACUCAGCCCAGUGUGCUGCUAUAGCUGAACGUUUGAUGCAUUUGACCUCUGAAGAACUGAAUCCAAAUCCAGAUAAAGAGAAACCUCCUUGUAAUGCUCAAGAGUUAGAAGAAUGUGAUAUUUUCUUUGAAGAGAGCUCCAGUUUAUGCAGAUUCGAUGGCAUUACAUUAAAAACUACUCAUGUGGUGAAUCUUGGAAGCAACCAGUACCUUUUCUCUGUCAUAGUGGAUCCUAAAGAAAUGCCCUGCUUCUGUUUACGCCAUGAUGUUGAUGCCCUACUCUGGCAACCACACUCCAGCAAACAAGAUGAUAUGUGGGAGCACAUUGCAACUUUCAAUGCUUUAGGCUACGUCCAAGCAUCAAAGAGAGACAAAAAAUUUUUUGCUUGUGCUCCAAACUACUCGUAUGCAGCCCUGUGUGAGUGCCUUCGUCGAGUGUUCAUCUACCGCCAGCCCACUCCCAUGUCCACUGUACUUUACAACAGAAAGGAAGGCCGGCAAGUAGGGCAGGUUGCUAAGCAGCAAGUAGCAAGCCUAGAAACCAAUGAUCCUAUUUUAGGCUUUCAAGCAACAAAUGAGAGAUUAUUUGUUCUCACUACCAAAAACCUGUUUUUAAUAAAAGUAAAUACAGAGAAUUGAUCACCCCAACAUGUUGGCUUUUCUGUACUGAGAAAAGUAUUCAGUGGUAGCCAGAAAGCUUAGUAGUUAUACUAUAGCCUGUUAAGUUUUACUAUGUUAAAUAAAUUAUCUUAUAUGAAUUUUUUAUUUUUUAAAGGAAAUUGGAAGUAUAUUCAAGAGAUUAUGAUUCUAUAAAAGCUAUGGAAUGAAGCUGCAAAUUUAGAGAAAAUUUACUUCUGUAAAAAAUGUAAAGUAUUAGAAUGAUUUUUUUAAAAACAGUCUGGAAUUUCAUCUUUUAUAUGAAAGAUGUACAAUUCAGUGUUUAAAAAUAAAAAUAUUUAUCACAUACUCUUUGUUCAUUGAUAGUUUCUUCCUUCUGUACCUAUAGAACUUUUGGAUUACAGUUAAACUGUUGGUUCUUGUAAAUACUCAUUUAAGUGGACUGAAUAGCUGAGGUAGAGGGGGGAAAUAGAACAGAAGUACAGCAGGUCCAGUAUUGUUAAAGUUUGCUGAAAUACUAAGAUUUGGGGUUUUUUUCCAAAAAUUUUUUUCCAUUUAUUUAAUUUUUAUUCAUUUGCUCUUCCAACAGGCAUAGACAAAGAGAGAUGAUAAAGUUCCAUAAAGUGUAGCUCUUAGCCAUUGUUAUACAACAAACCACCUCAAAACUCAUUAAAACAAGACUGUUUGAAAAUC